AUUUUUCUAAAAACAAAAUAGAAAUUUAAUUUCAUAAUUUAGUUAUUAUGACUUUUUUUUUUAAUACAAAAGUGAUUAUUAUAUCGAAUUAAUGUUGUACCGAAAUUAAGAAAAGCAGGUUGUACAACGUCGUAGCACCGGGGAUUGUGAGUGUAACAGUUGAGAAAGUGAGAGGGAAAAGUGAAGAAGGGGUUUCAUUCAUUUAAUUUUCCCCAAUUCAAUUGAAUUGAUUCGAAUGCAAGGUUUGUUCUACCAGUAAGUAUAAGUAAUGAAGUUUAUGAUUCUGAAACCCUAAAUGGAUGCGAAGGAUAUACUUGGAUUGCCCAAAAACUCAUUCCCAUCUUCUGCUGAUAAAAAGCCUCGACCUCCCAAAGAGUCUCAGAGAAAACCAGAUGGCAUUUCACGCGAGGUUUAUGCGCUUACGGGUAGAAUGCCACCUCUUAUGCCUUCUAUUGAUGCUUCUCAACUGAAAAAAAAGCAUCCUCCUCACGAAAAGAUCACUUGGCAAUGGCUUCCUUUCACCAAUUCUGCUCGUAAAGAUGAUCUUCAUCUUUACCAUUGGGUUCGAGUAGUCAAUGGUGUUCCACCUACUGGGGACUAUUCUUUUGCCAAGUAUAACAAGUCUGUUGACAUUAUCAAAUACACAGACGAGGAGUACGAAAAGCAUUUGACAGAUCCUAUGUGGACGAAGGAGGAGACAAAUGAACUAUUCGACUUGUGUGGUAGAUUUGAUCUCCGUUUUGUUGUAAUAGCUGAUAGAUUUCCAUCUUCUCGGACUGUAGAGGAGUUGAAGGAUCGAUAUUAUAGUGUGUCGCAGGCUAUAUUAAUUGCUAGGGCUGCAUCUUCCGGGGAUGUUGCAACACAUCCUCUCAUUAAGGAACCAUAUAAUGUUUCACAAGAAAUGGAGCGAAAACGGGCACUGUCUAUGGUGCUCUCCCAAACAAGACAACAAGAGCGAAAAGAUGAAGAGGUUCUUGUUGAAGCUAAAAGAAUAGCUGAGUUACGGAUGGCUUCUAAGGUUACUGAACAGCCUCAAUUGGUUGUUGCUUCAAAUGCUGAUGCAGAAGUUACCGAGAGAGCUGUCCCUGGUGAAACUAUAUCUCCAUCGAAUGUGCAACCUCCAUCAAUGGUUGUGCCUUCUGCGACAGAUAAUGCUUCUACUCUAGCUUCUCUUCGCAUGCUUCGUGUAUAUUUAAGGACAUAUGCACUUGAUCAAAUGGUGCAAGCUUCAAACUCAUCUGCUGGACUUCGGACUAUCAAACGGGUUGAGCAAACAUUGCAAGAUCUUGGGGUCAAUUUGAAACCAAGGGUUCCAACAAAAGCUGUAUGUGCAGAGCAUCUUGAACUAAGAAGAGAAAUACUAACCUGGCUGAAUCUGCAGAAACAGGUGCAAUAUAAAGAGGCUGAAGGUUCAUCUUUCCGUGAUGGGUCCUAUGGUGAAACACCAGGCACACCUAAGUUGCUUCGUGGUGCGGAUCAGGAUCGUACAUUUAUUCCCGACUCCAUGAAUUUCGGAGAUAUCCAUAAAACUGUAGUUUCAAGCGAAAGGGUUGGCAAAAAGGACCAAAAACGCAAGGCACAUGGAGGUCCACCUACCUCGGCUCAUAAAAGACCUAGAAAACAAAAGGCCUCAGAUCUUUAAUUUCUCUGGUGCAAUGUGGAAAGGUGUAUCAAUUUGUAUUAUUCGUUUUAUGGUUUUAUUAAUAUCAAUCUUAUGGAUAUUUAUAUGCAAAGUUUGUAUUAGAAAAAACAUUUGUUAUAUCAUCAGUAUAAAAGUGCAUUUCAUGAUUUCUUUCUUAGCGAAAGCUUUUACUUUUGCACAAAUUGCAAAUGAUAUCAACUUGUUAUCUUUUGCGAACGGGUUAAACAGGACAGGAUAUUGCGUGUAAUUAACAAUGGAAUUGGAAAUUCCAAUAUCCCUGAAA